GCCUAUGUGUGCCUGCGGGAGUGGGACGGCGCCGCCGCCGCCGCUGCCGCCGCCGGGGGGAGACGCUGCGCCGCCGCUGCCGCUGGCCCCGGCCCCGGCCCCCCGGGGCUGAGAGCCGCCCCGGACCGAAGCCCCCUCCCCUACUCUGCUCCUCCUCUCCCCUCCCCCACUCGUGCCUCGGGGGACUGAAUGUGGGACUAGCUGGUGUUACUCCACUUUGACCUAAAAAUUCCUUUCUGUUUGGGAGGCAGAGAUCACUCUUGGAAAGUUCCUCUGCGUCCCAAUGUUAGAAGAGAGAGCAAAUUGGACAUCUUGAAAGGUGAGGGUCACCUUUGAGACAGGGAUUCUGGACUCCGCAAGCUCCUCCCCUCCAGGAUGAGCACUGCCGUAUCGUGACCCUUGGGGUUUUGUGUGCCCUGGAGAUGCGAGAUUUUCCUUUGGCAGCAGGAGGCACACACCCAGAGAAUGCUGGAGCCGCAAGGGGACAGGACCCACUUCCACAGCGGAGAAAAACAAAGAGGAAAAAGGCGUGCAGGUGGCCAGCGCUAAGGGACUCGCCCAGCAAGCAGUGGGCCACUGCCGCUGUCCUCAGCAGCUGUUUCUGCCGCAGCCCGAGAGGAACUCGGUGA